CUCAAGAGGAGUUAUCAGAAAUAAAAUCUCUUAAGCGUAAAUUAGAAGUAAAAAACGCAGAACUAUCUACUGAAAAUAUUUAUCUAGAUCUGGAGAAAAAAGAUUUAAAAAAUACACUAGUAGAAAAAAAGAAUAAAUUGGCACAGAUGAAAGAUAAUUUAGUCACAACUCAAAGAGCAUUGAUAGAGAAAGACACGCUUCUUCAAGAAGUGGUUCUAAAUAAAGCUCAUUUAACCGAACAGAUCCCAAAAACAUCCAGUGAGUCUAAAGUGGCUGGAGGGGUCUUAGAGAGACCAGGUGUUAAUAAACAGAAGAAAGGUAAUGAUAAUGCUAGCCCUGAAACCACCUGGGGUCUUUAUAGAGACUGCUUCUUAGUAGCACCUAUUAGUGAUAAGAAAUUUGGUAUAACUCCUUAUCAUAUAAGAAUUCCUGAUAAUCGAUAUGUAGAUUAUUUUGGCCAAAAAAUUCAAGCUAAAGAUGUGCAUGCACAUUAUCAGAAUUCUCCUAUCUUAUUUAAUCAUUAUCUUCCUAACGUCUGGGCAGAAAAGAAAAAAGAACAGCUAAAUAAUCGAUUAUCUCUU